AUGGGCAACGUGCCGUCUACCGAGACCGUCGGCGAGCAGCGAAAGCUGACCAAACCUAAGACAAACAACCACGGAUCCUUACAAGCCUCUAGGCUCGUUCCCCAGCCUCCGCCUUCUCCUACGGCCCAGCUUUCCGACCCUAACUGCGAUGACGUUGUCUGGACUUCCGGUGGGACCUUUAGAAGUACCGACGAAGCCCGCCAGCAAAUAAGGUCGCAACUCUUCGGCUCCAAAGACGCUGAGAUCUACAGAGAAUCAGCCAACAGCGAGGACGGGAGAGAUAGCCUGGGUGAGCUCGCGUCGAGCGUCAAGGACCGUUUGACUAGCCUCUCCAGGACUGGAUCCCUUUUAUCAGACAUGCCUAGCCCACGCACUUCUUCUACAAGGAUCACCAACCCGUUCAAUGGUUCGAAAGUGUCUCUGCCCGCGGACCCGCGCACCAUUGAUAUCGAAUCGACUAUUGCACUCCUGCAAGAGUUGAAGAAAACUGCAUCACCAGAGGAUCUCGUGGCUCUGCACAAGGCACUUCUUCCAACAAAGCCCAUUGAGCCUGCUAUCAACCCUAUUUCUCCUGUAGAUGCGCCUGUUGGUCCACUAGUUCGUCGUAGGUCGCUGGCUGUGCCUGGACUGGCGACUCGUGGUACUUAUGACCUUUUGCGGAAGCAAAAUGAGGUCUCUCUACUUUCGUCAUCUUCAUCGGACCGGGAGCAAUUGUCGAAGCUCCGGGAAUUUGCGCCUUCUCCAUCGAACCACAUGAUUGGCCUGGAAGCACCGCGAGAGGAGAGCUCUUAUGGACCUCGUGCGACAACCCCUGGAGACAUGGAUUAUGCGCUCUUGGGUUCCAAAAUCGGCACGCUUACUAUCACCAAUGGAGCCCCAUCUCCGGCCCCCAGCGUCUUGACUAGGCCAAUGACAAACCAGAUGUCCAUGCCAAAUCUGCACGAACCUCAGGACUAUUUCGCAAAGUUCGAGAGCGUGGUAGGAUCUGAAGAGCCGGACAUGGCCAUUUCAAACCGCCCUACAACCGCUCAUCGGAGAGCCCGCUCGACCGUCGCUACUUCGUCAUCGUCUACUGCCGGAUUGGCACCACCUGUGUCGGAAGGACUGAGCACAGCUGGAAAGUCGCCUCGUCCUAGCAGUUCCUUCGAUAGCCGUCACUUUCAAAACAACACCGGAAGAUCUAGUGAUGAGACACUCACGGGAUCUGCAACCGAGCCCAGGAGGAUAUCUGAUGCGGCCGUCACGGCUCAAGAGUAUAUCUCGGAACUGGCGUCGAGCCCGUUUGGAGAUAGCCCUUGGGCUAACGACGACGCCUCGGAAUACGCGCAACUGAGCAACUUUGACGACGAGGGUUACCAAGCUCCCAGUGAAGACCACAGCCUCCCAGAGGAAGCAUUUGACACGCUGAACAAGAGCCCCUUCGCCGACGAGAUGUUCCUCACUGAUGUGUCGACCAAGAACUCUCUGGAGUUGAACUCAAACGAGUCCACCGACGGCCAGCUGCAGAGGCCUCCUCAGAAACACACGGAUUCUGGUUACUCAUCUGGAGCCAGUCUCAAAGCGGUGAAGGCAGGAAAGGCGAUUACAAACGUAUCCGAGGGUCAGAAACAGCGCUGCGCCGUUGUCGCUGAAUCCAACGAAGACGCCAAGAGCAUGUACACAAUCCGUGCCAUGCUCGCAAUGACGCCGCCUGAAGAGCCCAAGCCGGCGGUUGCAGGAUCGAGAGCGGCAAAGCCCGACCGUCUCCCUCUUCUGCGCACGAAGUCUUGGAAGCGCUUCUCCUUCAAGAGCAGUGCGCCGUCGUCGCCCGUCCCCCCUUCGCCUGUUCCCUUCAUCGCCGACCAGCCGGAGUCCAGCAUCACGCCCGCGAAACCCCUGCGUCAAGACUCGGGUAUCUCGACUGAGCAGUCCGGCCUCGCGCCUAGUAAGUCUAAGAGGCUGCUCAGGAAACGGAAAUCCUCGAUCCCGUCCUCGCCCAUCGUGCAGGCCUUCAAGCCUAUCCGCAAGGGCAGCGUGCCCGAAAUCCCGGCUGAAGUCUCGGCGCAGUAUACGAGGCGCUUGACUGAGUCUCCUCAGAUGGCGAACCUCGACCAUACUUUCGCGUCUGUUAACCACGAGGAACCAAUCCAGGAGGAAGAUGCUGCCGUCAAUGCUGCUGCUGUCUCGAUCCGCUUUCCUUCUCCCACGCCCCAAAAAGACACCAAUGCCGACACCAAGGCCUCUGAACCUACCACCCGCGAACGCAAGCCCAAGCGCACCGAAAGCGCGUCUCGCCUGCCAUCCAAGUCCCCGCGCCGACGCUCCCUGUCCCUGCAUCUCUCCCGCAAGUCCAAGGAAGCAACGCGGGAUUCCUCAGUCGACGAACCUGUCCCCAGCCUUCCCGUCAACGACGACGAUGACGACGAAGCCGGCCCCACGAUCCAAGAUUUUGGCACUGUGGCCGCUUCGCUCGGCGGGUCUCCCUAUGACAUUGCCAUGGACGCCCUUGCGACCAAGCCUCGUGUCGCGGCUGCCACGCUGCCGCACCACUGUAGCACAAAUAUGAUGGAGCGCGCGCGCGCACCGGCGAGGGCGACGAUGGACGCGGCUACGGCGUCGGAGUUUGCGAGAUUGAGGAGCAGAGAGCGCGCUUCUACUAGCACCCCGACCGGCACUCGCCCAGAAAGCUGGUUCCAGGAUGGUGAGAGGCAGCAGCAGCAGCGGUCCCCGCCGUCAGCACCCAAUUUCUCGCGGCCGAGCAGCUGGCAGCAGCAGCCCGCUAGUAGGGAGACGACGCCGACACCGCCGCUGCUGAAGUCGCCGGUCAUGGCGCCGCAGAGGCCGAGGUAUUACGAAGCGUACCGCCCGGGCAAGACGUCGGCGACGGUGACGCUCACGGACGCGGAGCGCGCAGCUGCGCUUUCUGCACUGGAAGGCGGCGCCAACUCCAGCAGAGGCGCCAGCCCUACUGCUUCGGCUUCGACUUCCGCCUCCGUCUCCACGCUUACGCUCCCUCCCACUCUGCGCGUCACGACCGCGCCAAAGUCCGAAGAGAAGAUCCCCUCGCCCGCCCCCGCAGACGAGGGCAUUAGCCCCCUCUCGACCGUCCCGCCGCAGCCACAGCACGCGCCUCCACCCCCGCCACCGCCCGCGUCGCGCGCGCUUCCGGUCCUCCCAACCCUGCAAGUCCAUGCGCCGACGCCGACGCCCGAGAACCAGUUGCGCAGCGCGCCGCCGGCUUCGAUGGCUUCGGGCUGGGAGCACGCGUCCCGCGUGUGGCGGCAGCGGCGGCAGUCGCUGGGCGAGGGCCUGAAGGCGCAGAACCUGGCGCAGCAGCAGCAGCAGCAGCAGCAGCAGCAGCAGCAGGGGAGAAGGGGCAGCACGGCGGCAGCGAUCCCGUCGGUGCCGGCUUUGCCUGCUUUGCCUGCUUUGCCUGUGCCUAGGGUCGAGGUUGGGGCCAAGGCCGUCGUCGAGGUCGUCGCGACUUCUUCUUCUUCGCCGGUUAUUUCCCCGGUUGUUUCGCCUGUCGUGUCGAGGACUGCGUCGCCUUCGUCCCAGCAGCAGAGGCCUUCGCCCAUGAAGCGCAGAUCGACGAUUAAGCGGUACUAUGUGGGCAUGCCCCCGGGGGAGGGGGAAACGGAGGGUGCGGCGGCUGAGGCGGAGAAGAGGAAGGAGAAGAAGGAGCGGAGGGAGCGGAAGGAGAAGAAGGAGAAGAAGGAGAAGAGGAAGUCGUUGAAGGACUCGUCGGUCGAGAGUAUGAUGACGUCGACGACCACCACCACCACCACCACCACCACGACGGUGGUGGCGUAG